UUUGCAUAAACAUAUAUAGUCAUUGCUAGCUAGCUCUUCCAGAGCACAAUGGCAUCCAAGAAGUUUUUCUCAAUUCUUGUCUCCUGUCUCUUGCCUUUUCUACUUGUGCUAGGCCAUGCCAAUGCACAAUGCUUGAACUUGAAGCCUGGGUUCUACAGGAAAACAUGCCCCUCAAUGGAGGCCAUUGUCAAGAAGACAACUGCUCGCUUCGUUCGGGGAGCUCCAACUCUUGCGGCUCCCUUGCUCCGGUUGCAUUUCCACGAUUGCUUUGUUGGGGGAUGUGAUGGAUCAGUACUACUAAAUUCAACCAGUAACAAUCAAGCUGAGAAAGAUGCAAUUCCGAACCAAACCCUACGAGGGUUCCAAGUUAUCGAUGCAGUUAAAUCUGCAUUGGAGAAGAAGUGUCCGGGGGUAGUUUCUUGUGCCGACAUACUAGCCCUAGUAGCUCGAGAUGCAGUCUCCGUGAUUGAUGGACCAUUUUGGAAAGUGCCGUUGGGACGUAGAGAUGGAAGAGUUUCCAAAGAGUCAGAGGCCUUAGCAAAAUUGCCACCUCCUUUUGCCAACGUUACUCAGCUCAAGCAAAAUUUUGCCGCAAUUGGAUUGAGUGUCAAGGAUCUAGCAGUUCUCUCUGGAGCACACACCAUAGGGACCGGUCACUGCUUCGCGAUCAGCAACCGGCUCUACAAUUUCACCGGCAAAGGCGACGCCGACCCCUCGUUGGAUUCCGAAUACGUUUCUCAUCUGAAGAACAAGUGCAAGCCCGGCGACAGCACCACCUUCGUCGAAAUGGAUCCCGGAAGCUUCAAGACAUUCGACGCCCAUUACUACUCUCUAGUAGCCAAAAGGCGGGGCAUGUUCCAGUCCGACGCCGCUCUCCUCCAAGACGACGAGACCAGAGCCUACGUCCGGCGCCAGGCCGCGUCCCGAGGGUCGGCUUUCUUCAAGGACUUCGGCAAGUCCAUGGUGAAGAUGGGCCGCAUCGGAGUUCUUGAAGGCGGCGCCGGGGAGAUCAGAAGGCGGUGUGCUUUUGUUAACUGAGGCUGUAGAUGACGAUGGCGUCAGUUCAUGGCGUUUAAUUGAUUUUUCUGGUAUUUUGUUGGGAUAUUUUUAUUUUUUAUUUUUUUGGUUUAGUAUUGGGACAAGUGUGGUUUCAUUUUUUUCCUUUUCCAUCGGCUACAUUCAAGUUUCUGCAGUAUUUAUUAACCAAGAUAUAAAUAAAAAAAAUAAUAUAUGAAAAAUUAUUUUAUAUUUU